GUUGUCAUCAACUCUUCGAUCCGUUUCCUGCGCCUCUUAGAGCUUCAAUCCAGCUUCAAUCUUCCAUCCCACCACCGCAGUUUUGCGAAAACUUUAGCCCGAACUACAAUCAUGACUUCUCCUAAAAAAGAAAUCGAUCCCGACGUCAAUUGGAGUAGUCCGUUGCCCAAGCAGACACCCUCGGAUGCUCCGAAUGACGCUAAGGAGGCCGAUGAUGCCAAGGUUUUUACUUACCUCGUGGUGGCUCCUGACCUUGGCGAUUCAAAAAGGGCCAUUCUUAGAGCGGAACAUUUUAAAAUGGCACAGGAAGGCUUGAAGACUGGUCGGAUCGUUAACGCCGGCGCUAUGCUAGAAUCGGAUGCCUCGGAAUCAAACAACUUUGAUCCCAAAAUGAUCGGUUCUUGGUUAUUGAUCAAAGCGAGAUCAAUUGAAGAAGCCAGAAGAUUAUGUUUGAACGAUAUAUACGCGAAAGAAUCUGCCUGGGAUACCACCAAGUUACAGAUCACACCGGUUAAGACAUUAGUUUGACCUGCGAAUUGUUGCAUGGACAUUCUUCCUUGAUCACGGCAAUCCAAAAGUUCUACCAUC